GUAGUACGACAACAGACAACAAUGGCGGCGGUACAUCAAGCAAAAUUAUUUUUCCAAUGUGUCGUUCGUUAUACUGACCGCGAAUUUAUAAAUUGAAACAAAAAACAAUAAUCAAGUUCUUAAAAUUUAUAAAAUAAUGAACCAACAAGGUGAUGAAGGUGCUGAUGAAGGUGAAUCCUCUUCUUCCUCCUCACCAAGUGUCCAAGAUGCUCUAGCCAAUUUCCGUGAGCAAUGGCAGCGAGAGUUGAAAAUAUCUCCGAAAAAAGAAGUACCCUGUCAUUCAGCCAAGACGUCCGUUGAUCAUGAACUAUCAACGGAAGAUAGGGCCAAAGAUUUAUUUCUCAAAGGAAUUGAGUACGAGAGAAAUGGAGAGUUGUAUGAUGCAAUUAAAUUUUAUAAACGCGCUGUAUCAUUGGUCCCGGACAUCGAGUUCAGGUUAUACGAGUCUAUGAAACCAAAGAUCAAAGAAAAGGUUGAUAAUAGUGAGGAGAAUCAAAAAAUAAUUGUUGAUUCUGGCGAUGCGUAUGACAAUGACGAAGUUGAUGUCAGCGAAAAUGGAGCGUUGGUUGCUAAACUAUCGAGAAUUGUCAAUAGGAAUCAGUGUGUCUGUUUUCCCCGCUUUGAGCAGAGCAUGACACACAUAUCCUCACUACCUCUGGAGAUAAUUUUGUACAUUUUACGAUGGGUUGUGUCAUCAGAACUAGACAUACGUUCAUUAGAAAUGUUUUCCCGCGUUUGUCGCGGAUUUUUCAUCUCCGCUCGCGACCCAGAGCUCUGGAGACUUGCGUGCGUCAGAGUCUGGGGAGUAAACUGUGGGCAGUAUGAGCCUAGAUAUCGUUCCUGGAGGGAUAUGUACUUAAAACGCCCCAGGUUAAGGUUCCAUGGAUGCUACAUCAGCAAAACGACGUACAUUAGACAGGGAGAAAACAGUUUUCAGGAUGAAUUUUAUCGGCCUUGGCAUCUUGUUGAAUAUUUUAGAUAUAUUAGAUUUUUUCCAGGAGGACUUGUUUUAAUGUUAACAUCAACGGAUGAUGCCCAAAGUUGUGUUAAUGCAUUAAAAUAUCGUAAUCCACGUAAUCUUUCAGUGCUUACUGGCCACUAUAGGCUUCACGACAAUCGCGUUACGUUGGUGAUGAAAAAACAGGAGAUUAAAAGUAAUAUUAGUAAUAAUUACAAGAAGAAAAAACGAGAAGUUGUACACGAUAGUGGGGAACAAACUUUUCACCUGGAAUUGGAAAUUCAAAGUUUUCGAAAAAAAACCAACUGGCAAUUGCCGUGGAUUUGUUACAACAUAUUUACUCAGUACAAAAAUGGCCAACAAGCGACAGCGUGUUUGAAUGUUUACAAUCGCUACCCGCCAUUAAGAUUCAGUAGAGUAAAGAGCUAUACCCAAGAAAGCGAAUUGCCACUGCAAUAAAUUCAGCUCUUGAGAAUAUUAUUGAUUACACUAGAUAAUUAAUUACCCAGGUAUUGAAAUAUUGUAAUUAGUACCGCAAAAAUAUUUUUUAAUGAUUAAAAGUUUACAAUUAUUUUAGUCAAGUAAAUAAUUUGUUUUAUUACACGGAGAGAAAUGAAUGGUAACAAUUACAAUUUCUUAUGGGAAUGGUUCUCAUAUCGUAUGGUCACAGGUUUUUUUUUAAUACCGAUUAUAAGAAUGCCAUCUAUACAAAUUACGGUAAUAAUUACGAUAAUGUUAUAGUAAUCAUUCCCGUACUACUAUAGUAAACGUUACCGUAUAUUAUGGUAUCGACUACGAUAAUAUUUAGAAAUUUCUCAUAUUAUAGUAAUCAUUACCGUAAUAUUAUGGUAAAUAUUACUGUCAUACACGGUUAUGUCUACUAUAGUAUUUAGAAAUUUCUCGUAUUACGGUAACCAUUACCAAACUUUUAUAAUCAUAAUUACUAUGCUAUCAUAGUAAUUGUUACUAUAAUAUACGGCUACGAUUACUAUAGUAUUUAAAAAUUUCUCGUAUUAUGGUAACCUUUACCGUAUCUUUAUGAUAACAAGUACUAUACUAUACGGUUACGACUACUGUAUCAUUUAGAAAUUUCUCAUAUUACGGUAAUCACUACCAUAAUAUGAUAAUAGUUACCAUGCUAUCAUAGUAAUUUUUACUAUAACAUACGGUUACGAUUACCAUAAUAUUUAAAAAAUUUUCGUAUGGUAAUUAUUACUAUAACAUCAUGGUAGUUAUCACUAUAACAUACGAUUACCACUACUAUAAUACUUAAAAAUUUUUCAUAUACUAACCAUUACCAUAAUAUUAUGGUAAUUAUUACUGUAACAUUUGGUAACGAUUAACGUAACAUGUGGUGACGUUCACUACUGUAGUUUGGUAACGAUUACCAUAGUAGUAUAGUAACGAUUACUAUAAUACCAUGGGAAUAUUUCACAUAUUAUGGGAGUAGUUACUAUCAUGCAUAGGGUUUAUCAUCAUACGCGUCUAGAAACUAUUCCUAUAUAAAUAUAGGUUUUAUUACCGUGAACUAUGUGACUGAAAACUAUUCCCCUGAGUAUGGUAAUCAUUACCAUAAUUCAAUUACCAUACAAUACAGGAACUAUUACCGUAAUUACCGCAAUUAAUCCCCAAAUUAAUACCAAGUAAUUACUACCAUAACGUCAUGGGUUGAUAUUUUAUAAACCUACUAGUAAUAGUUACCUUAAUUUCCUCUCCAAGUACAGAACUAAUGCACCCAAAAAUUUCAGUUUCACUCGAGCUCGUAAUUUUUCUUAUUUUUAUUAUUACUAUAUUUUUUCCUGGGCAAAUAUAAAAUAUAUAUAAAUAAGGAUUAAAAAAAUAUGAAAUGAAUUAUUUUUUAAAAUUUUAUUGGAAGAAAUCGAAACAUUAGAGUUAAAUUAUUGUUUAAUUUGAUAAUAAUAGUUUACAAGUUUUAAAAGAGAGAAUGUUUU